CAGGUUCAGAGAUGAACUGAGGGGUCUCUCUGCUCUCACUCCGCGCUCGGUUCAACAUGGACUCGCUGAAUUUUCUGCUUUUCCUUUCAGUCGCCGCCCUGUCAGUGAAAGUUUCUCUUCAAGGGCCAAACAUGGAAAGACUGUACAAUGACUUGAUGAAGGCUUACUACCCAAUGGUGAGACCCGUCGUCAAUGACUCGCAGACUCUCACCGUUCACUUCGGCUUAACCCUCAUGCAGAUCAUGGAUGUGGAUGAGAAGAACCAGGUUUUAACAACCAACAUGUGGCUACAGCUGUACUGGAAUGAUCAUUAUCUCCAGUGGAAUACAUCAGAAUAUCCAGGUGUGUCCAACUUGAGACUUUCUGAACGUCACAUUUGGAAGCCAGACAUUCUGCUGUAUAACAGUGCUGAUGAGCGCUUUGAUGCUACUUACCACACCAACAUUGUGGUCAACUCUUCAGGCUACUGUUCCUACAUACCCCCAGGGAUCUUCAAAAGCACCUGCUCCAUCGAUGUGCGUUGGUUCCCCUUUGAUAUCCAGAGGUGUGAUCUGAAGUUUGGCUCCUGGACUUACGGGGGCUGGUCUCUGGACUUAAAGAUGUUGCCGGCAGACAUCACCAGCUACACCCCCAACGGAGAGUGGGAUCUUUUGGAGGUUCCGGGACGGAAGAACCAGCGUUACUACGAUUGCUGCGAGGAGCCGUAUCCUGACGUCACCUUCACCCUGGUGAUGCGGAGACGGACCCUCUACUACGGCCUCAACCUGCUCAUCCCGUGUGUCCUGAUCUCCAUUCUGGCCCUGCUCGUCUUCCUGCUGCCCGCUGACUCGGGGGAGAAGAUCUCACUGGGCAUUACAGUCCUGCUCUCCCUGACUGUCUUCAUGCUGCUGGUUGCAGAGAUUAUGCCCCCCACAUCAGACUCUGUGCCUUUAAUAGCUCAGUACUUUGCCACCACGAUGGUCAUUGUUGGUCUCUCAGUAAUUGCUACAGUUCUGGUCUUACAAUAUCACCACCAUGACCCUGAUGGAAGCAAGAUGCCAAAGUGGACCCGUGUGAUCCUGCUGAACUGGUGCGCCUGGUUCCUGCGCAUGAAGCGCCCCGGUGAGGAGCGUGUGCGUUCGGCCUGUCACAACAAGCCUGCACGGAGCAGCCUGACCAGCGUGGACCUCAAUGCCAGCGCCCCGGCUUCCCAGUCCACCAACGGCAACGUGCUUUACGUUGGCGCCCGCGGCCUGGAGGGCAUUCCCUACUCCACAGCCGCCACCUCGUCUGACCCCGGAGUCCUCUGUGGGCGGACGGGCGCUCGAGCAGGUGAGGACGAGCUGCUCCUCCCCGCGGGUCACAACCCGUCAGUGGGCAGCGUGGAACCAGAGCUGAUCAAGAUCCUGGACGAGGUGCGCUUUAUUGCCAAACGCUUCCGCAACCAAGACAAGGACGAGUCCGUGUGCAGCGAGUGGAAGUUUGCUGCGUCCGUCAUCGACAGGCUUUGUCUCGUGGCGUUCUCGCUCUUCACGAUCCUCUGCACCAUUGGCAUCCUCAUGUCAGCACCCAACUUUGUGGAGGCCAUUUCCAAAGAUUUUUUCGGCUGAGGACUCUGCAGGACAUCAACAGUCCAACAACAAUAAAAUCAGAUCAAUCAAUCUGAACAGAGCCACCGUUUGUUAACUCAUGGGUGGUAAUUUAGAUACAGUAAAUUCUGAUAUGGGAUUUUGGAUAUAAUCACCAAAUAUAAGUGUAUUUUAAGCAUAAAUAGUUCAAUUUGUGUCUUACAUGAUGGUGGUUAAAUUACCAGCUUUUCCUUUUAUAUUAAACUGAAGGAAAACAUCUACAUUUCAUAAUUGUGUACUGUUUUAAAAUGCGUAAUACUACAAAACAUAGUAACUGUGGUUUGUUAUGUGAUGGUGCCUGUGUAUUAUUGUUCAUUACAGUGUAGCUAGAGGAUCCUUACUAAACUGUAUACCAUAUACAAACAUAACAGCUACGCUGUCUUGUAUUGAAGUGUAGUUGUUGCAUCACAUGAAUACUAGUAUAUCCGAACAGCUCCUGUAUUUGCUGUGAAUCACCUUUAUAUGAAUACAAAUUAUUGUUGAUUAGUGUCGUAAGCAUAACAAAACACCUCAAUUUAACAAUGUUCGUACAUGGUCUGACUUAUUAUUUCUUACUUGUUUUAACAUUUUGUGAUAAUUAAAGAAUAACU